AUGAAUAUGAACGAAUUGAAGAAGAGAGCUGCUGUUGAAGCAGUCAAACAAGUUAAGAGUGGAAAUGUUGUUGGUUUGGGAACGGGUUCUACGGCGUAUUUUGCUGUCGAAGAGCUUGGAAGACUGCUGAGAGAAGGGAUUUUGAAGGAUAUUGUGGGAGUAGCAACUUCUAUUGAAACCGAUACGCAUGCACGCUCUCUGAAUAUUCCAAUGACUGAUAUUGACAGUGUGGAUUCUAUUGACCUAGCUAUUGAUGGAGCCGAUGAGGUGGAUCCUGAUCUUCAGUUGAUUAAGGGGAAGGGCGCUGCUCUGUUGCGCGAAAAGAGCACCGAGAUUCUGACCUCUAAGUUUAUUGUGAUCGUGGAUGAGAGCAAAAUUGUGUCCAAGCUGGGAACCAAGGAUGCGGUUCCUGUGGAGAUCACUCCCUUUGGCUGGAAGCAGACCCAGAAACGUUUGAGCAAGUAUGGUGAAGCCGUUCUCCGUCCUAGCAAGGAGGAUGCUUCUAAACCACUGGUUACGGAUAAUGGAAAUUACAUUAUCGAUCUGCGCUUCCCUGAGGGUAUUUCGAAUCCUAAGGAGAUGGAUAAGGAGUUGAAGUUGAUAACGGGAGUGGUGGAUCAUGGUCUUUUUAUUGAUAUGGCGCAUAGUGUAGGACUUGGUAUGGAGUCGAGACUGAUGAAUAGGUAA